AUGGUUGGGCAGAUCAUCGACAGCAGCGGCGCACAUCCUGCAGAGGGCAUCCCCAAGGGUAUGGACAUCCUGGCGGAGAUGAGGCCCGGCUAUGAGGAAAUUCUGUCACGGGACGCCCUCACGUUCCUGGCCGGCCUCGCCCGCAAGUACGGCCCUCGCGUGAGCGAACUCCUGGAGCGGCGGCGCCAGCAGCAAGCCCGGUACGACGCGGGGGACAAGCCUGGCUUCCUGCCCGAGACCAAGCACGUGCGUAGGGGCGGGCGGCGGCAGGGGGCGGCGGCGGCGGCUCUGGGGAGCGCGGAUGGUGUAGCCGGCGGCGAUGCCCGUGUGCCAGCCUGCGCCGGCGCCAAUGUGUACAUGCCCGACUUUGAGGACAGCAACUGCCCCACCUGGGACAACAUGGUGGAGGGGCAGAUCAACCUGCGCGAUGCUGUGCGCGGCACCGUGAGCUACGAGGACCCCCGCAGCGGCAAGAAGUAUGCGCUGAAGGAGGGCCCGCGCGCCACGCUGGUCAUGCGCCCUCGAGGCUGGCACCUGUGGGAGCACCACGUGCUGGUGGACGGCGAGGCGGUGCCGGGAGCCCUCUUCGACUUUGCCCUCUACUUCUACCACAACGCCCGCCAGCUGUUGGCCUCCGGCCACGGCCCCUACUUCUACCUGCCCAAGAUGCAGAGCCACCUGGAGUGCCGGCUGUGGAACGAGGUGUUUGUGGAGGCGCAGCGGGAGCUGGGCAUCCCCAACGGCACCAUCAAGGCCACCUGCCUGAUCGAGACGCUGCCCGCCGCCUUUGAGAUGGACGAGUUCAUCUACGAGCUGCGGGACCACAUGGCGGGCCUCAACUGCGGGCGCUGGGACUACAUCGACCCAACACGUGUCAUGCCCGACCGCAGCUACCUGACCAUGGAGAUGCCCUUCAUGCGCGCAUACACGCAGCUGGUGGUGAAGACGUGCCACAGGCGUGGCUGCUUCGCCAUGGGCGGCAUGAGCGCCAUGAUUCCCAUCAAGAACGACGCAGCCGCCAACCAGGCGGUGAUGGACAAGGUGCGGGCCGACAAGCUGCGGGAGGUGCAGGAUGGGCACGACGGCACCUGGGUAGCACACCCCGCCCUCAUCCCCAUCGCAAAGGAGGUGUUUGACGAGCACAUGAAGACGCCCAACCAGAUCAGCCGGCAGCGCGACGACGUGCAGCCGGAUGCCGAGGCGCUGCUGCAGGUGCCCGAGGGCCCCCGCACCGAGGCCACGCUGCGCAACAACAUCGCCGUGUGCAUCCGGUACAUGGCGGCGUGGAUCGGCGGUACGGGAUGCGUACCGCUGUACAACCUCAUGGAGGAUGCAGCUACCGCGGAGAUCUCGCGCGCGCAGGUGUGGCAGUGGGUGCGCUACGGCGCUACGCUUGACGGCAGCAAGGUGUGCACCCCAGGCCUGGUGCGGCAGGUGAUUGAGGAGGAGCUGCAGAUCAUCCGGCGGGAGCUGGGCGGCAGCGAGGCCUUCGCGGCAGGCGAGUACCUGGACGCCGCCUUCCUCACCAAGCUGAUGUGCAUCGGGCGCGAGCUGCACGACUUCCUCACCCUGCCGGCGCAGGACAUCAUCAUUGCCAUGGGCCUGUGA